CAUUGCUAUACCUGACAGCAGAUUUGAGAUAAUGGAGGGAGGGGUGUUGCCUGAUUCUCAACUGGGUCCUCCAGCCAUACCGAGCUAUGAGCAGCGGUUUGAAAUUAUCACAGAGACUGACCAAGAUAUCAGCCAGCAAAAUCCUCAGUAUGCAGGUAGUGUCAUUGUGGAAGACAAUGUUUGCAAAUACCUUAAGGUUACUGAGAGCCUCAAAUCUGAGGAGGAGGAGGUAGCAGAGGCCAAGCUGAUGUCAUCAGACCAUCUGCUGCUCACAUCAACCAUACAGCCACACAAUAAUCUGAUUGGGACCAAGGCUGAUGUGGUGGAUGGUGCUGAUGAUGGCCUUGAGCUGCUAAAGUCUCCAGCUGUUCAUGAGAACGUGGGAGAAGGAACUUCAGAAGCUCUACAGCUUUUGCCUGAUCCUGAAGACUUCAUGCCUCCUGCAGAAAUACAGGCCACUGCUACACCUGACAGCAUUUAUGAGAUGACUGAGGUAGUAGUGUUGCCUGAUUCUCAACUGAGUCCUCCAGCUGUUCCCCCACACAAAAAUCUGAUUGGGACAAACUCUGAUGUGGUGGAUGUUGCUGAUGAUGGCCUUCAGUUGCUGAAGUCUCCAGUUGUUCAUGAGAACAUGGGAGAAGAGACAUCAAAGGCUCCACAGCAACUGCAGCCUACUGGAACUGCCGCUGACCAGAGCAUUAAAAUAAGUCUAAAGGUGAAAGGUCAUGAGCUGAAAGUGAAUAACAGGCAGACCUCACAGCCAUCUCCUAACAAUCGUCAAGUUAAAGUGCAAAACCUGGUGCACUCUGUGGUCAAGGAAUUAUGGGAGAUGUAUGACCUUGAAGAAGGCCCAAAGGUUCUAUCAGGACUACCCAAGCCAUCUCCAUCUGAAAUUUUUAUACAAAGUUUAACUUGUGCACAACAUCUCAAGAUGACUACCAGGCGCAAUUACAGCAAGCAUGUAUAUGAACUCUGCUGGGAGAUCCUUAUGGAUAUCUAUCCCAACGAGUCUGAAACAAAACCUGCUUGGUACAAGCCACGACCUAAGUUUGAUAUGAGCAAGAUCAAAUCAUUGCGUGAUGUUCAGGACUACAUAACAAAAAAAGUCUUCAGACUGUGUGGAAUGCCGACUCCAAAACAUAUGGAAAAGACCCAGUUUCACAUUGAGAAUGAAAUUACUAAGUCUAUAACCCUAUAUUGAUCAUUUCAUUGAGAAAAAUGAAGAUCCUCAUCAAAGUGACGAUCUGGUUGGAUAAUCCACAUCUAAUAGCCUAUAUUUUUUCACAUCUUAAAUAAA